AGUUUAUUUUGAACCUUGAACGUACAAAGUUAAGAUUAUAUUUUCAGAUCACAGAUCUCGCUUCCUUGCAAAACCAAAUUUUCUCGUUUAUCUUAUCAAGACAAUGCUGAAAGAAAUGAUUAAUACAUUUUUGUUCAACAAAGCUUUACAAAACUAACAAACAAGAGCAACAGGAAAAAGAAAAUAAAACAUUGCGUAUUAUAUUGUAAACAUCCCAACAAAUUGUGACUAAAUGGAAUUUAAUUCAAUCUUAUAUGUCAACCAUAGGUAUAUAUGCUGCCGUGACAGAUUUUAGCCAAUAAGAUAGAAGGGUACUUAGAAUAUCCUUCUUUACUGUUGUUCUUUACUGUUGUUCAAUGAUGGCCACAAAGGGACAUAACGUUUGGAAGUUGUGGAUUCAAGCAUUCUUUAAAUAAACAUAAUAAAAAUGAUAUUGUUAAUGUAUGUUUAUUUCUAUGCAUAAAGCUACAUUAAUACAUAAUUAUCAGAAUAAUUGCUAUGAACUUCUAUGUAAAGAUGCAUCAGCACUUACUUAAUUCAUGCACUGAAUUAUUAUUUUUUUGAAUACUUUGCUAAUUUAUCGAUAGUUAUUUCUAUAUUUAGAGUUCGCGUCACCAAGUUGAUGUGAGGAUUACGUAAAAUGGUGAUCGAUAGUUUGGAAUGUUCUGAGGACAUUUACUUUCGUUUUGAAAUAUUUUCCCGAGAAGAUAUAUGAUUGCUUCAUUACAAGGCUUCAUGUGAAAGAAAUAAGGUUACUUCAAAUUUGGUACACUAUUUUAUACCAUCUUCAGUAAAAGUUUUAGAAAAAACUAUUAGUAACUAUGUUAAAAAUUUUCUUUAUUGACAAAAUUAAUUUUACAAGUUUAUUUUUCAGUCUCAUGUCCGUUUCAGAAAGUAUGAAACUUCUUGAUAUAUUGAUAUGUUUAAAUCAACAUCAUGAUCACAAGAAAAUUACCGCUUGUAAUACUUACAAUAUUUCACCAUUUUUUAAAUGCAUUUUUAAAAAUCGUACAAGGUUAAAAUGGUACAAGCUUCAUCAUGAUUCGAACUAAGGAUUUGUUGACCAGAAGCUAACGCAUGGACAUACUGUGUUACGAUGUAACACAUCAAUAAUUGACAGCAAAAUAUAGUCUUAUAGUCAAUUGUUUAUGCUUAUUUAUAAAGAUAGUACGUCAUAAUACUUUUAAUAGAAGACUGACUCGACACAAUUUUUCAACCUGUUUUACAUGUAUUAAAAUGAUUGUCAUAUCAAUAGAGUUUUGAAAAUAAUUUGAACCUAUAAAGAUUUUCCUUCAAGCAUUUUAACAUGUUGUCUAUAUUUUGCAUGCUAAUCUUCAAUUAAAUAUAUGAUUUUUUGCAUGCAAUUUUAAAAAAUGCAGAGCUAAUUUUAAACCUCAGAAAUCCUAGGACCGUAACAAUGUCGUCAUAUCAGAUUAGCAGAUAAGACUUACCAAUAAAAUCUACAAGUGCUACCAAGCAUUUUAAAGGAGUAUCUACAAUACAUGUUUAUCGGCGAGCACAAUGUAUCUGCGACCAUCAGAGAUCCGUUUCAGCCAGGAUUCUAUUGGAAGCACCUUUGGCAGUUAUACUUCUCAUCCUUUUAAACAAAUUGGUGAAACACUGGACGAAAUUCUUACAGGAAAAAUCAAUGUGAACUCCAUUCCUAGUAUUUCAGUAUGCAAAAAAGAUGGCAAAUGGUUCACCGCUGACAACAGGAGAUUGUGGGUGCUACAAGAAGCAGAGAAACUGGGAAAGUGUCGUGAAAUCUGUGUUCGAGAGACCUCUUAUAUUAAUUAUAACAAGUUCACUACAGUGAACAAUGGUCUCUCUGUUUACAUCCGAGGAAAUCCGGGUGGAUAUGUUUGGAAAAGCAUGCCUAAUAAGAGGAUUCAACUUAAGAAGAAUCCUCAAAUCACAUCUUUGCCAUCCGCAAAACCUUAUAAUUAUUUAACACCAAGUUCUCCCAUAUAUCAAAAGCAAAACCAAGAGACAAAUCCUUCAGAGAUUUGGUCAACUAAAAUUGAAAGCAAAAGUGAGACCUUCAAUGAGGGGCCAAUGUCAAAAGGUAAGGAAGGCUUAUGCUUUGAACAAGACAUUCAUAAAUACGAGGAGGAAGUUAUUAAAGAUAGUGGGAACCAAAUAAAUAUGGAUAUAGACUCGGAGUCUGAUAACAAAGAUGUUCAGCAGCCCGCAUCUUCAUCCAAUUUUGAGAUUUCACAACUGCAGGACAUAGCCAAUGGCUUGGAUCAAGUGUAUGACUCAACUGAAGAACGAAAAGUUGAAAUAAAAAUCGAAGAAAAAAGGGAAGAAAAGAUUGAAGACGAAAAGGAAACACAGGACAUUGAAGAGGUUGUUAUUAAUGUGUCCAACGUUCCAAACACCCACACAAAUGCUGCUUUCUUAAGUUUAAAUUCAGAAGAAGAACUUGCACAGGUGGAUAAUAAGAGUGUUGCAGUGACCAUAAGUGAAGAAACCCAAACUAAGACCAUCAAAAGUACCUACUCUAAACGAUGCAUUUGUAUAAUAUGUGUAAUUAUUUCCAUCGCUAUAUUAUGUCUGCUUUUGGCUAUUGUUUUAGGUAUCAUAUUGACCUAAAUUCUUUUUUACUACAAGCUUCCAAAUGAUGCAUACAAAUGUUUUCUUUAAUGUUAUCAGGAUUUUUCAUAAACUUUAUAAAACUGAAACAUUAUUCUUCGCCUGUAAUAUAUAUUAACAGUACAACACUAUUUCUUUGUUACUAAUUUAAAUGACAUGGUAUAAUAAAUCUGUACAGUUUUAAUUUAUGUGCAGUAAUCAAUUAAGAAACGCAUUGUUUAUGUGAUAAUG